AUGUCUCAGAAAAUUCGCAUCAUCGCCCGCCUGCGGCCGCGGUUAGGCACUGAACCCGAUGAUGGCUGUGUUCAGGUCAUACGCAAUUCCAACGCCGUUGCCAGCGGAAGCAAUGCUGGAACAAGCUCGAUCAACAUCGUGAACCCCAGAGACACCUCUCAAGUUUUCAAGUUCCAGUUCUCAAACUGCUAUGAUGAAGCGUCUACGCAGGAAGAGAUUUUCGGGAACGACGUGCAGCCCAUGGUGGAUUUGGUAUAUCAGGGCAUGACGGUAACAAUCUUUGCAUACGGCGUUACUUCUUCGGGAAAGACACAUACUAUGCAAGGCUCAAAGUCAGCACCGGGCGUUAUUCCAAGGACUGUCCAAGCAAUUUUCGCUCACAGACGUCGACUUGUGGAUGCCACACCAACUCUCGUUCCAGAAGAUAUUUCAAUCAAUAUGUCGUAUAUGGAGAUUUAUAAAGAUGAUGUGUAUGACCUCCUCGUCACGAGAGAGAAUGCGCCGAAACUCCCUGUCCGCGAGAACGAACACGGCAAAGUAUUUGUCGCAAACCUCACCUACGAACCCAUAUCGUCAUUCUCUGAUUUUGAAGCCAUUUAUACACGAGCCACGAAACACCGUUCAGUGGGCUCCACGAACCUCAACCACGCAUCUUCCCGCUCCCACGCAAUACUUACUAUUCGCGCCACCAUUUUCGAUCGCACGCAUAACAGAUCACUCACAGGAACAAUCAACCUCGUCGACCUUGCCGGCUCUGAGAACAAUAAACUCACGGGUAACGACGCCUCUCGAAUGGCUGAGUCCGCUGCGAUCAACAAGUCAUUGAGCGUGUUGGGCCAAGUGGUACAUGCCUUGAACUCGAAUCAGACCCGAAUACCAUACCGCAACUCCAAACUGACGCGCAUAUUGCAAGACGCGCUGGGUGGUUCGUCGGUAGGUUUGUUGAUAUGUAACCUCGCUCCCGGGGCAAAGUUCAGGCAGGAUACUCUCAACACUUUGAACUUCGCCGUACGCACGAAGAACAUAGAGAACAAGCCUGUCGUGAACGAACAAGAUCAUCGACAAGUCUCGAAACCCCCUUUCCCAACUAUCCCUUCUUCUGCAGCGUUUGGAUUCGGCGCGGCAGGACCUUCAGGCCUGCCUCGUACGGGUGCUGCACGCCAAUCCCUCGUCCCCGUCCCACGAAAGCAAGCUCGUGCAUCCGUUUCGGUUGUGGCGACAGGCGCACAGGGGUUCCAACCUAUGGUCAUGCCUCCAGUGAAACAAGAACCAGCACCUGGUACCAUGGGGUUGACAUUGACUGAGGUGGAGUUCGAGCAGAAGGUCGCUAAAGUUGUUGAAGCUGAAGUUAACCGGCGGAUGGAAGAGCUGGAGCGACAACGUCAAGCUGAGGAGGCCAGAGCGCGGUUGUCAAUGGAACGAGAGCUUGCACUCCGCGCAACUGAGGCUGUGAAUCGGGCGAGCUUUAGUGACCAUGGCGAUGACUGCGACGACAGGGAACGGAGCGGUAGUGUCGCUAGUGAGAAGGAGAACAGACGCCAUCGACAAGCGAAGUCGAAAUCCAAGUCACCUCGGAAGGAGUCGAUAUCUCUCUCCAUACCAGCUGGGAUUCUUACGCCGGUGCUCAAGAGGCACAAGGAACUUGAUUCGGAAGUGAGGUCGAAGCUACAGGAACUUGAGCAGAAGUUCGAUCGUGGCGGGAAAGACGCUCCCGAUGUUCUCUCGCCCGUAUCGAAGAAGAAGAUGGGUCGGGCAUAUGUUGCAGCUGCUCGUUCCUGUUCCGAGAAAGGUGAUCUCCAAGCCGCGCUUGAUCUCUACCGCAAGGCGGAAUCAUUCGUCCCCGAUAACAUCAAGCUCAAAGAGAGAAUCAUCGAAAUUGAUUGGGCUGUGAAGAAUAGCCGCCCUUUCAUCCCAUCGCCGAAGCCGAAGAAGAAAAGUAGAUCCAAGGCCAAGUCGAAACGGCACGAAUCAGUUGAGGGCGCGUCGGAUCAAGCCAUGGAGAUGGACCAUCCAGAAGCGACCACAGACGAAGGGCGUCAUCGUCGCCGGCGGGUGGAACAGCUCAAGUGCCAAGAGGAGGAGAUGGAUGUCGAAACAGAACUGUUGCACGACGAGAGGCAUUCGAAGCGCGGACGAAGUGCCGAUGAUGAAAGAGAUAGGGAGGCGAUGGAAAUAGAGAAGACACCGGCGAAGCGCCUUCGACGGAGCGAACGGCGAAAGAACGCAGUGGUCGUCGUUGAUAGCGAAGACGACGAUGAUGACAUGCCUCGAAUUCCUACGAAGAGGGGGGAACGGGGGCUAACCGCAGCUACGUAA